GAAUUGUAUAGUUUUCCACGACAGAUCGGUUGAUAAACCCUGUUCCCGCUCUGAUCCUCUUCUGAUCUGAUCCUCUUCUGAUCUGAUUCCAAAGUGUUCCCAGCGUAUUUUUUGUAAUGAUUAUUACAUUUAUAGACAAAUCUAAAAAACUCUAGAACAAAGUUUCUGCAGAGCAGCAGUAGAUAUUCCCCUCUGAGUUGUGGGCGGGACUAUUGGUCUGGAAUAAGCCCACCCGUUUCCCAUCAUCCAUCUGUUUACCCUCUCUCCCACUAGCUUACAGCCCCUCACACCCCAGCGGUGCAACAAACAUGGCAGCAAAAUCGGAGCGAUCCAGCUGUUUCACAUUCCAGCUCAGACGAGGAAAACAAAGACGUUCAUGGAUCUAUUAGUCAGAAUGGGGCGGAGCAGGGAGCUUGUAGCCCCGCCCAGAGUAUUUUUAUGUCACAAAUACAAUCGUUUUAAACCAUUUUUGAUCACACUUGUUGUUUAAAAACUUCAGGAUGUUUCCAGUUUCUGUUAGGAAUAAUUGAACUAAAAUGUUCCGAGCAGCUUCUCUAACAGAUGGAUCAGUGCUAAGACAGGCGGUUCUGGACGCCACCGGGCCUCAGCAGGUACGAACGCCGCACGGCGACAGCCAGCCCUGCCCAAACAGAGGAAACAGAGAUCACACUGACAGAUAUCAGUGUGAAAAGAACAGAUUGGGUUUUCAAAUACCACAAUCUGUGUAGACACGCAACAUGUGUGGGAGGAAACGCUCGAACCGCUGCAGCAACCCUCCCUGUUUGAGUGAAGAAGCAGCAGCCAGCCCUGUGUCCGCUUCACGAAGAUGCUCGGAGCAGCUGCAAAAGCAGAAGCUGUGCAGCAAAAACCACUGGAUGUGGGAACUCUCAUUCUCAUGGCUCGCAGAGCGUGCAGUGACUCGCUCUGCACAAGUGGCUUUCUUUUUCUGCAUUUGCAUUUGCAGAGCGCCGUCCGGUCUCAGGCGGUCAGUCAGGACAGAACCGAAGCUGCUCUCCUGUGUUGUUCAGUGCAGAGAUCAGGACUCAGACAUUUAAUGUUUGACGUCUGUUUGAGGCUGAUUUUCCUCUGCAAUCAGUAACUUCACCGAAGCUUCGGCCUCCUGGAGGAAAAACGGAUUUCUGUAAAUGUUUAUCAGCUGUGAGUUCCUCUCAGGACAAAAUGUUCUGGUGAUUCACACAAAAGUUUGUGUUUGUAGAGCCUACAUUCACCCAGCUCUGCACAAGACAUAAUAAGAGAGCCUUUCUUACAGCUUCCUUCCUUCAGUGAAUAUGUAAUUACACCAACCACAAGUUCCUGCUGGUCGUCCUCUAACAGAGUUCUAGCUUAGAAACAUCACAGUUUGUCUUCGUCUUUAUCGUGCUCUGAGGAGACGUUUAUGAGCAUCAGAAACCAGAGUUGACCACAUGUGGAAAGGUGAGAGGCAGAGAAGUCCACUCUGAGGUUACUAAACCACUUCCACCCUUUCAGCUGAAGCCCCGCCCCUUUUUAUUCAAGAUUUUAAAUCUGUUUUAUUCUGGGAAAAGCCUUUUGACUGAUGACAUCAUCAUUGCUGCUGUUUCUCGUGUCUGUUAGGAGAACGUUGGAUCCCCAUCCGGUCGUGUCCUCCAUCCUCAGACCCCGGCGGCUGACAGAACCUGAUCCUGAGGAGAAAAAAAAAAAAGAAAACAACCUCCUGAGGAAUUUCACAAGAGUUUCUCUCCUUGAACCUCUAGAAACAGAUACAGAGGGAGCCGUUUGAGUGGGCGGAGCCUCAGCGGUACACCUCCUGCUUUAAAAGUUGCUGUGAGGAGGACGAAGGCAGCGCUCACAGUCCUUCCUCUUCUCCACACUCAGCUGCUUUCCUGACGUGACUUCUCAGCCUUUCGUCUGACACCGAGAGAGACUCAGAGGAAGACAAACAACCGAAGGAUUUAGAGCUUUCUCUGCUCCAGGAGGAGCAAACCUCUCCCUGCUGCUGCUGAGAUGACUUCCAGCCAAAUUGACCACUGCAAUGUGUCAAACCCAGACACAUACCAUGUCCUCUCCUGGAUGAUGGUGGGACAGUUCACCCUGGGUCUGCCCCUCAACCUGUCCGUCCUCUACGUCUUCCUCUUCAGAUUCAAAUUCUGGAGGAACAAGAGCGUCUUCCUCUUCAACAUUGUGGUUGCUGACUUCCUGCUGGUGAUCUGUCUGCCCAUCAAGAUUCACGAUUUCCAGCACAACCUGCGGCGGAGCGAGACCGACGCCGUCUGCAAGACCAUGCUCUUCAUGCUGUUCCUGAACCGCGGCGCCAGCAUCGUCUUCCUCAUCCUGCUGUCCCUGGACCGCUACUUCAGCGUGGUCCACCUGGGGAGGAGGAACUGCAUCAAGGCCUUCAAUAAGACGCCCCUGAAGUGUGUGGGCAUCUGGAUCCUGCUGCUGGUCCUCACCACCCCCACCAUGGUCGGCACCUUCGACUGCUGCAACAGUCUGGGCCGAGGUCCGAAUGAGACGGAGCACACGGCGACGGACGUCUGCAGAGAGUUCAUCUUCUUCACUCAGAUCAUCAUCCCCUUCGUCAUCCUGGUCUUCUGCACCAGCCGCAUCAUCCGCCGCCUGCGGCAGAAGACGGUGGGCGAGAAGACGCGUCUGAGGCGGGCCGUGUUCGCUGUCAUGUCGGUGGUGGUGGUCUUCUCCCUCUGCUUCCUGCCGUGCGCCGUGGCCAGAGUGGCGCUGCUGUCGGUGAGGCUGAAGAAGGACGAGGCCACAGAGGAGGUGGUGGUCCAGGUGUACGACAGCCUGAUGGUUCUGUCCUACACCGACUGCCUGCUGGACCCGCUGGUCUACUGCUUCUGCAACUCGGGCUUCAAAGACGCCUACAUCUCCAGCUUCUUCCCUAAAGUCCUGCAGAAGCGCCUGCUGAGACCCGACCCCAACAACACGACCACGGUGACCACAGCCACGCCCUCCAUCCCCAAAAUCACCUCCACAGUCACAUAAUGGCGGGAUAAAGACUCGAUCCGGAUCUCUGCCCGGCUGAAGCAGCUGAAUCCGCUCAGAAGACGUUUGGGAUGUUCUGAUGAAGUCGGCGUCUGACCUGCAUCCAGCUGGAAAUGAUUCAUUUCACUGUCGUGAUGUCACUUCCUGUCACUGUAGCCUGAAGGUCAGAAGGUCAGCUCCGCCCGUGAAGCUGACGACUUUAAUGAAACGGUUUCAACCCUGAACCUCCCCCCCCCCUCAUGACGAAGCAUCUCCUCCACAUCAGGAACAGAGGGGGCGUUGCCAUGGCAACGUAAGCAUCUGAGACAUUAGUGUACUGCUCCAGACCAGACAGAAAAACCUGAAAGAAGAUGUUCUGCACUGAGCGCUGUGGGAGAGCGUCUGCCUUCAGGAGGUCACAGGUUCAGACCUGUGGUUUGGUUCCUCUAAAAGAUCAUGAAAAUAAGACCCUCUUCCCUUUAUGGAGGGUCGAUGGGGGGGUGAAGCUCAUAAUACAGGACCCCCCCUAAAACCAUGUAGACCUCAGAAGUCUGAAGCUCUGCUCUCAUCUAGUGGACACACGUCAAACUGCACUGCUGUGACUCUACAGUUGAAAAUGUUGAUAUGACAGAAACCAGAAGAUUUAACGUCACGAGAAGACGUUGAGACAGAAGCAGCUGUUUAUUCCCAGAAAACAUCUGGAUCUGAUCCUGAUCCUGGAUCUGAUCCUGAUUGUUCUCACAAAUUCCUCAACAAUGUUAUCUAUUCCUUCCGUCAGUUCAGUCUGACAGAUUUGUCACAUCAUGACAUUUAAUCUGAUCUGAUCCUCUGCCACGACUCCUGCUGCUGUGUGUGUUUCUCCUGCACAGGCCCAGCUUCACCUGCUGACUCCGCCCCUCUGCAGAGGGUUUCCCUCUCCACCAAUCACCAGGCUGGGAAGGAGGUUUAAAACCUCCCAGAAUGCUCUGCUCCAGCGGCGGCAGAAAUCCUGGAAGGCUGAGAUGUGAUCUUCGUCCGCUGUCUGCCUGUUAAAACCUGAUGGUGGUUUAGUUUGCUGUUGUAAUCUGAUUACAUGUAUCCUGUGGUUUAGUUACUUCAGUACUGAAGCUGUUUUGUGUUUCAGUGGAGAGCUGACGUUCAUCACUUCACUUGUUAUGUUGUUGUGUGACUGCCUCCGUCACCUGAAUUAAAGGCUGUCGGUUCAAACCCCGCCCCCUUCUCUGAGCGUUUCUCUGGAGGUUCCCGCCCUUCAAACCACACAUUUCUCUGUCCAGGAAACGACCCCAAAUCCUGGAGAAACCCGCCGGGAAGCCAUGACAUCAGGAGGACUGAAUCUUUCUGCUCGGUCUGAACCCUUCUCGUGUGAAGCUGGUUUCCUGUUUCUCUCUCUGGGAGUCCUCAGGGCUCCGAUCCAGGACCUCUGCUGUUCGGGAUUUGACCUUUGAACUGAAUAAUCUACAGGCUGAUCUGAAAACUGAUGACAUUCUUUACGCCCGCCGGUCUCUGUUCAGGGUCACGGGGAUGCUGGAGCCUAUAACAGCUGCGGGAUGGUUCUCUGGUCCAUUUUGGAAAUGAUUCAAUUUAUGUCAAAAAUGUCUUUAGAUUCUGUUUGUUUCGUCACUGAAAGUCUAAAAUAUUAAAAUAUCCUCC